AUGGCCUAUUCACAGUCCCCUAAGAAGGCUGGUCUACCACGAGAGGUUUUGAAAUGGCUACAAAGUCUUGAUUUAUCGUUUUUCCCAAAAAACGUGCGCAGAGACUUUUCCAAUGGGUACAUAGUGGCGGAAAUAUUUUCCUGGUACUUCCCAAGGGAUUUUCAUAUGCACUCCUAUGAUAACGGAGCUUCACUGGCUGCCAAACUAUCCAACUGGUCCCAGAUUGAACGUUUUUUUGUGAAGCAAAGCAUCAGUCUGUUGAAAGAUGUCAUCGAUGGCACAAUCCACUGUAAACCUGGAGCUGCAGAGCUUCUUGUGCAAGAGAUUUACACCAUCCUGACCAACAGAAGAAUCCAGACCAUCCAGAGGGUGGAGCAAGAUUUCACAGAUAAGGCUUAUCAAGACCAGUUGCCCAUGGUGGCUCGAGCCACAGCCUCAGUGGCCAUAAAGAGCAACUUGAGUCUCAGUGAGGUUAUAGCUGAACCAAACAUCAUCACCAACCAGCGCAACGUCCUUGCGAUCAUACACGGGCACAUAGAACAGAGAAAAGAGGAGAGAACACAAGACCCAAAACGAUUCAAUGUUAAGGCCACUCUUGGAGAACAGGCUGUCAGAUUGCCUCCGCUGUUAGCCCACCAGAGCGAGCCAAACCUGCAGAUGAACACCAGUCAAGCAGCUUGUUAA